AAGGGUCGGCCUUUUGGCGCGCACCGAGAAGGCAGCAAGAGUGGCUGCGUUGGGAGGGCCAUAGCCGGUUGUCUGGAAUUGUGGUGGUUGGAGGUCUCACAACACCGCCGUCAUGUCUAUAAUGUCCUAUAACGGAGGGGCCGUCAUGGCCAUGAAGGGGAAGAACUGUGUGGCCAUCGCUGCCGACAGGCGCUUCGGGAUCCAGGCCCAGAUGGUGACCACGGACUUCCAGAAGAUCUUUCCCAUGGGCGAUCGGCUGUACAUAGGCCUGGCCGGGCUCGCCACCGAUGUCCAGACUGUGAAAGUGGAUGUGCUUGAGCUGUGGUUUCUUUCUGCUCCUGGCCUGCACAGGUUUGGCCCCUACUACACAGAGCCCGUCAUCGCUGGGUUGGACCCGAAGACCUUUAAGCCCUUCAUUUGCUCUCUAGACCUCAUCGGCUGCCCCAUGGUGACUGACGACUUUGUGGUCAGCGGCACCUGCUCAGAACAGAUGUACGGGAUGUGCGAGUCCCUCUGGGAGCCCAACAUGGAGCCAGAACACCUAUUUGAAACCAUCUCGCAAGCCAUGCUGAAUGCUGUGGAUCGGGAUGCAGUGUCAGGCAUGGGAGUCAUUGUCCAUAUCAUCGAGAAGGACAAAAUCACCACCAGGACACUGAAGGCCCGCAUGGACUAACCCUCUCUUCCCAGAGCCUACUUUUUUGUUGUUUUUUUUAAAUAAAUAGUUUUUCUUUCA